UUUUCAGUACAUCCGCAAAUCUUCACCGGUUCACAUCACGCUAGGAAACCUUCUCCUCCUUUUGCUUUCCGAAAGAGCUAAGACCGAAAAUCGCGGCGCGUCGUUUCCGGGAUCGCCCCUUCGCCGCCGGAGUAGCAGUUUAGUCUCACCAAUACACAUCCGUCCGAGAGUUCGUAGCAUUUAACCCGAAGGCCGACAAAGUGAUCGCGUUUUUUUGGGGGGGUUCGGUUCCAAGUGGUGUUGGCUACGGUCCAACCUAACGCCGCGUGACGGUGCGUUCGGCAAACGAUCGGGGUGGUUUUAGGUUUUUGCUUGUUCGUUAGUUCGUUCUGAACUGAUCAAAAAAGAUUUGGUCGUCUGGAUACAACCACACGCUCAAACUAGAGCAAGUCAAGCAGCAGCAGCAGCGGCUUAGCUGACUAUCCCCCCAAACUCCCGGCCAACCACGUGCAACUCUCAUGCCAUGCGCGAUACACUGUCGCAGUUUUUCUCUUCAGUAGCAGCAGCGGGAAAUGACGGUCGGAAAAACAGUUCAGACUCCGAUAACAGCUUUGCAGGACAUAAUGGUUCAAUUAGAGACGUAUCAACGGCAGACUGGAGCGCCAAAGUUGGGAGCGGAGCAAAAGAUCCCAACGGGAGCAUCGGGCGAGGGACGUCCGAAACGGCAGAGACCGACUCAUCAGGGACCGGGGGGAUGCGGGACUCGCUGGAGGGGACGGGCUCAGCGCAGAACGACCUUAUUCACCUCAAGAGACGGGUGGGACUCUUCAGUGGGGUGGCUUUAAUUGUCGGAACGAUGAUCGGGUCUGGAAUUUUUGUAUCGCCAUCUGGUUUACUGGUGCGAACCGGUUCCAUUGGUGUGAGCUUUAUUAUAUGGAUGGCCUGUGGAUUGCUCUCAUUGUUAGGUGCAUUGGCGUACGCCGAGUUAGGCACGAUGAACACAUCCUCCGGAGCAGAAUGGGCAUACUUUAUGGACGCGUUCGGGGCCUGGCCCGCCUUCCUGUUCUCCUGGGUCUCGACGCUGGUCCUGAAGCCGUCCCAGAUGGCGAUCAUCUGCCUCUCGUUCGCCCAGUACGCCGUCGAGGCCUUCGUGGCCGAGUGCGAUCCACCCUUGAGCGUUGUGAAAAUGGUUGCAAUACUGGCGAUAGUGAGCAUUUUAUUUGUAAACUGUUAUAGCGUUAAUUUAGGGAUGGCUGUACAAAACGUCUUCACCUCUGCAAAACUGAUCGCGGUGCUGAUCGUCAUCUGCGGCGGCGCCUACAAGCUGUUCCAGGGCAACACGCAGCACCUGCAGAAUGCAUUUACCGGCCCGACGCCGUCGCUGGGGGCGAUCGCGACCGCCUUCUACACCGGCCUGUGGGCGUACGACGGGUGGAACAACCUCAACUACGUCACCGAGGAGAUCCAGAACCCGAGCAAGAACCUCCCGCGCUCGAUCAUCAUCGGCAUCCCGCUGGUGACGCUGUGCUACGCGCUGAUCAACGUGUCCUACCUGGCCGCCAUGUCGCCGACCGAGAUGAUCGAGUCGGAAGCCGUCGCGGUCACGUUCGGCAACCGCAUCCUGGGCGCGAUGGCCUGGCUGAUGCCACUGAGCGUCACCAUCAGCACAUUUGGCAGCGCCAACGGAACGCUGUUUGCCGCCGGCAGAUUGUGCUUUGCCGCAAGCCGUGAAGGACACCUGUUGGACAUCCUUUCGUACGUACACGUGCGCCGUCUGACACCGGCUCCGGGACUGAUUUUCCACUCAAUGAUUGCCGGUGCGAUGGUCCUCUACGGAACGAUCGACUCGCUGAUCGACUUCUUCAGCUUCACGGCGUGGAUCUUCUACGGUGGCGCGAUGUUGGCUCUUAUCGUGAUGCGUUACACUAAACCCAACUACCCGAGGCCCUACAAAGUUCCACUUAUCAUUCCAAUUUUGGUUAUGGUCAUUUCCGGCUACCUCGUGGUAGCGCCCAUCAUCGAGAAACCACAGAUUGAGUACCUGUAUGCAGUGUUGUUUAUAUUCACCGGUUUCAUCUUCUACAUACCGUUCGUGCACUACGGCUAUCAUCCAAAGUUUAUGAACAACUUUACCCUUUUCUUCCAAAUGCUAUUUGAGGUUGUACCGACCACGUCGAUGGCAAUGUUUGACUGAAACAGCUCGUCGAUCACACCAACUAUUGUCGCGCAAAACAAACCUUAAUCAACAGCUUUUUGAAAUUAUCACCACAAAUUGUCGUGUUUAAGAUCAGAGAGUAACAAUACUGCUUGUUUAGGCAAAUAAAAAGCGCAAACAAACCCAUCACAAUGAAGGAAAUUUGAACAGCAAUAUAGCAAAUAGAUUGAAGCUAUACAUACAUACAUAUUUUGAAAAUACAUGAAUCUUAGGAUCGAUAGCCACUAGCGUAACGAGAGACGUACGGAAGAAUGUGCCAACUGAGCAGCGAACAUGCAGAGUACGAAGCCGGAAGUGCAACACAAACACAUACACACAGUUUUUAUUUUGUUCCCAUCAAACAGUAAAGACACAAAACAAACACUGCUCAAAACCAAACCAACAAACGAAGUAACAACUUAUUGAAAUUAGAACGUAACGUGCUUUUCGUUAACUCACAUUUUUGGAAAUGAUAUACACAGCAGAGGAAAAAGUGUAGAACACCAAUCAAAGCAAACACAUUAUUUGAACAAAAAGACUAUUUUUGUAAGAAAUCCAAACGAUCAAAACAAAACCCCUUUAAAAACACAAGACUAAUCGAGCUGCAGAUCAGAUGUAGGAUUUACUUGAACGAGAGAUGGCAAACAAAUGACACUACCUUUAUUCUGGUAUUAACGAUGCAAUAACGUAACCAUAUGCAAGUGCGGUAGCACUAUUUUGACGUAGGAACAACCAUCAACACUGUUCAAUAGUACUUUGUCUAUGUGUAGAACCCCUGUGGAAGCGUGGUUCAUGUUUUUUUAUACUGAAGGAAAAAAGUGUGAUAUUAUCAAAAGAUUGAGAUUGACUAAAUACAAGGUUGAUUAAUUUGAAUCGCGUCUCGGUCGAUAAGGACCACCCAUAAAUUGGCCUCGAAAAGCGAAGCUGCACGGAUCAUUCCCUAAUGGUCGCUCCUCGAAUGUUUAUUAAUGUUUAGUUAAGCUGUGUGUUUAAUCUAAAGACACGUGAAUAUUUUUAUAUUACCAAUCACAACGGGAAUACUUUUGAAGAGAAAAGUAAAUGAGGAAAACAAAACCUUGAUUUGAGGAACGAUCAUUGCUUCACCAGUUUAGUGCAGGAGCUGGUGAAACCAAAAUUCGCAUUAGCAAAUCACACUCCACCCGGAAGCCGGGUUUAAACGCUCGUGAAAUUCGUUGAACCGAUAUCGAUUCGUUUCGAUGGUUGGGAAACGUAGGAUUCAUAAGGAAAACUUAAAACAUGAACUCCCGCCCAAAAGGGACUAAAAGCUAAACAAUUUAGAAGUUAGAGCUGUGGAUAUGGCUGAGCUUACCAAAGAUCACGUCCACGUCUGUUAUAUUUUUACUACUGAUAUUGAAAUGUUUGUUUGUACAAUACUCGUUGACGAUCCGAUCGGUGCACUAAGGAGCUAUCAUUCCGUGCCGACGGAUCGCUAGCUUAGUAUUUUUUAUUUAUUUUACUUAGUUGCAACCUAUCAAGUGAUGUCUACAAGUAAUAAACAUAAAACAAAAAAAAAA